AUUCUGGAUGAGUUGCACGGGUCGAAUGGCGCUCAGAGGCAGACCUGCCAGGAGCGAGCUGCAGAAGUCCAGUCUCCAAAUGACAAGGGACUGAAUAAUAAUACUGUGACAUGGACUGCUGAGGUCGCUUUGAAGCAAGAGACCAUGAGCGAGACUGCCAAGGACAAGGGCGCCGUCUCUACUAAAGAGAAGGGCGGAGCGGAGAAGAGAGGCAGAGGGAGACCCCGAAAGAACCCACAGCAGGAGCCCAGCGGUUCCCCGACGCCGAAGAGGCCCCGAGGACGACCAAAGGGAAGCAAAAACAAGGCGAGCUCCACAGCACCUAAAGGCAAAAAAGCAGCUGCUGCGACAGCAUCUGCAGGGGGAAAACGCAGAGGAAGACCCAAGAAAGCAGAGAAAGAAGAGCAGCCAUCGAAGUCUUCUGAGGAAGAGGAGGAGGAAGAAGAGGAGGAAGAGGAACAGUAGAGCAGCAAAUCAGCGCUACCUCAUAACUCGAUCUCGUCACUUCCCGUUUAAAAAGAAAAAAAAAAGAAAAAAAAAAAAACAGAGCUGGACUUUUUGCAACCUCGCAAAAAAACACCACGAACCCGAACGGCCGUGCCACUCUCGCUCAUCCUCCAUCAGCACAGCACACUACAGUGCAUCUUCUCUCUCUCUCUCUCUCUCUCUCUCUCUCUCUUUACCACCACUGGAAAACAAACAGACUCUCAAAUACUGUACGUGUGUGUGUGUGUGUGUGUGUGUGUGUAUACAGGCAUGCAUUCUUGCUUGUAUUUCGAACACAAAGUCCGUGCAUAUCUGCUCUCCGGUCACGUGUCAUUAUACUGGACAAAGAUUUCCUCUGAUGCAGGUUUCAGUUUUUUUUUUUUCUUGCUUUUAAUGAAAACUUUCAGAUGUUCACACGUUCUCUGGACAAAGGUGAAUCAACCUACUUCUAUUGUUUCUCUGUGUGUGUGUUUGUAAAGGGAGGGGUCAGUACUUUACUUUUGGCUUCCAGGUUUUUUUUUUUGUUUGUUUUUGUUUUUUCCCCCCGUUUUUUUAAAGCUAUACGUUGGUGGAAAGGGUCGGUGUAGGUGUGUGUGUGUGUGUGUGAGCGAGCGUAAUAGACACCAAUUCAUUGCGACACCGCGUCAGUCCGUUUUUAUCUCAGAUUGAGUCAGCGGAUAUUCUUAAGUCUGCGACUUUUCCUCCUGACUCAGUUCGGUUUCAGAAAGAUUUUAAAAGUUUGCAAAGUGGGGAACAAAAGAGGUGCGGAGUUAGACGGUGCUUCUGGAUCACUGUUUAAGAAAUUUAAGAAAAGUUCCUGUUUUUGUUUUUGUUUUUUGUUUUUUUGGUCGUCCUGUCAUCUUAGGAUCAUGAGACCUUAUGAAAACAUAAGUCACGCUAUGGAGCUAAACAGCUGUCUAGCUAGUGCAGCUCUGUGUGAUUUUAUUUUCCACCAUAUUCCCAGAGUUCCUAAUUAUCGAGAUGGUUACUAAGGAUGCACCGAUACACGAUUCUUCAAAUCAUCAAGCACGGUUUUAUACGCGUUCGUGGACGUUUAGAGAUUGUCGAUGCGUGAUUUCCCCUGAUGAUCCUGAUGAAACCGUGAUAUCUGACGAUGUAUCGGAUUGAGGUUGAUGUUUUCUGAUCCGUUCCCAAUGACGCAUUUUUUAACUCUGUGCUUUGACAUGAAAUACUGAAGGACAUCUCUUGAUGAUUUUUUUUUUCUUUAGCUGAAAAAGGCACAAACAGCCAACAAGCUUUGGUUUUGGAAAAUAAAAUAAAAUGAAAAGUGGAGAAUGUAUCCGUGCAUCUUUAGUACUUUGGUGUUGCAUCUACGUGGAAAAAUAAAUCAUGAUCUCAAGACAACAGGACCAAAAAUACUGCAUUUUCUCUGGACUUGUGUAGAAUACAGACGUGAGGAGAGCACUCUGACUUUUCUUUUUUUUUUUUUUUUAAACUUUAAUAAGCAUUUCAUUUAAUUGUCGUUUCAUUUUCAUCACUGAUGGCGAGAAGUGGAUCAUUUUAUUCCGUUUUUAUUCUCCACAGGACGGCGCUGUUUGCUACUGUUCAGCCUGGUUUCCGAUUGAUUUUUUUUUUUCUUCUCUGGUCAUACAUUUCAUGUUGUUUUUUUUUUUUUUUGUUUGUUUUGUUUUGAUUUUCGUUUAAACUCCGAGUCAGGGAACGCCGAUCGGUCCAGCGACUGAGUUUCUCAGAACUUUAAUGCUGCUACGAACACGGUUGAAAAAAAAAAACCCGGAAUACUGCAACGUCACACUCGUACCUCACUCUGUGUCAGUUUAGGACGGCUUACUGUUUAAAAAAAAUAAAUAAAUAAAAAGAAAAAAAAAAAAAAAAAAGAUAUUCAGCUGCUCCCGGUGCAGCCUCUGUUUGGCUAGAGUGUGAGCAAACUUUGAUUUAUUAUUUUUUUUUUUUCCUUUCUUUCUUUCUUUCUUUUUUUUUUUUUUUCUUCCUUUCUUUUUUUGCAGUUCAGUUUGUCUUUGAGUUAGGUUUUGUGUGUGUGUGUGCGCGUGUGUGUGUGUGACUAACGGUAGGACUUUAGAGGUUUUUAGAGAACUCGUGCAUAACGGCGUGCACUUCAGUGUACAGCAUUCGAUGUUUUCAAGGUUUUUCUUCCUUUUUUUUUUUUUUCCCUCAUACGUGAGACUGUAGACGCGCCACAGAAACGACUGCGUUGGGACAGAGAGAGGAAAUACUGUCUGCUUUUUCUUGCAGAAUGUUCACCCACUGUGGUAUGUGUGUGCAGGUGUGUGUGUGUGUGUGUGUGUGUGUGUGUGUGUGUGUGUGUGUGUGUGUGUGUAAUAGUUGCCCCAACAUGAAAAUAAUUUGCAGCUUGGUCCUAACCCUGCUGUGUUUUUGUUUUGUUUUUUUUUUUUAAAAACCCAAAUUAAUAAAACUAAUUGGAAUUGUGGAAAAUGGUCCUGAUGUAAAGUGUAAUGUUUACUGUUAAUAUCAGAUAUUUGUUUUAAAAUUAAUCCUCAGAUUUGAUGUGUACAAGUUUCAUUCGUUUCAGUGCAUCAGAUCAUCGAGUUCAUCACCAACAUCCUGCUUUAACCUCAACUUUCCCCUCAGUUCCACUUCCUCAUUUACACCUUGGUACUUCAGUUUUUAAAUACUGAUGUUUUCACCCCUGAUUUGUGUGUGUGUGUGUGUGUGUGUGUGUGUGUGUGUGUGUGUGUGUGUGUGUGUGGUGCCUGCACACAGUAAACUGGUUUGGGAUCAGUCUUUACAAUGUACAAACUCUCUUUUUUUAUUGUGGCCUGCAAGUAUUUGUAUUCAGACUGGUAAUAAAGUUAAUGAUUCCUACA